AUGAAUCGCGGAAGCCGGUACCGAAGUCGCCGUAACUUCAGCAGCAGCAGAGGUCGUUCAAACGGCGGCAGUAGCGGCUACCAUAGACGCAAUACCAGUACCAACAAUGCAAAGGCGACCGCCCGCGGGGUCUUCGCCGACGGGGUCUGGCACUGCGACUGUACGCCGCGACUACCCGCCGAGCACUUCAAGGUCAAAAAGGAAGGUACGAAUAAGGGCCGUUGGUUCUACACUUGUCAGCUUGAUGCGGAUAAGAGGUGUGGUUUCUUUCUGUGGGACGAGGAGGCUAAACCGCGAGAGGCGGCGGCUGUGUUGGGAAAUAGUCGGUCGGAACCUGGCGCUGGAGCACAGCGGCAGACGGAGCAACUGGCACAGCCUGUCACGCCUGCAAAGGAAUCCAGGCCUAGCAGGUCGACCAACUUGCCUGCCGGGAAAGGCAUGUUCUCGGGUACUGGACGACGUGUGAGUCCGGUGCGACUCGACUCACCGACAUCAUCGCCGUCACCCGUCAGAGACACACGUGGUCCGGGGAAGCGGAGCGCUCGCAGUGCUGGGAUGGAUGACACUGAUGACGAUGACUUUGGAUGGGCACUAGAUGGUCCAGAAGAAUCAGAGUUGGCACGCAUCGCCGAUGAAGCGGAUACACCAAGAAAGGCUAUCAAGACUGGUGUCUAUGCUACGCCGGCGACUACGACCACCAAGAAAAGCCCGAGGAAAUUACCUUGGCUCGACGACGAACCUACAUCGCCGACACCGGCGAGGCGAGGCGCAGAGCUCAAGACACCGUCAUUCACACGGAACGUAGAUGAGCCUGUGACACCAACAACAACGCGGACCCGCAAAUCAGUGCUAGACUACUUCGCGCCGCCAGUCAAAUCAGGUUCACUCAGUCCAACAUCCACCAUUACAGACGAGUCCGCAGAGACAAGACCAGAAUACGUUCAAGACUCGUAUCCGCCGGUCGACGCAACCGCAUAG